AUGGCACUGGGAGUUCCGGAGGCCCCGUGGAUCCUGUUUCUGGGGACCUGGUGCCACUUUAAGAUAUUUCCAAUUGGUCCUGGGUUCAUUCGCUGGAAGAGACGGUCCAACCCGAGGUUAAAAACACUGCUGAACGCCCCUUCCAACUGCAAGGUCAAGCAGCUGUCCAAACCACCCAAGGAGAAGCGGGAGCCCCGGACAGCAGACCCCAGCUCGCCGGGCCAGGACGCCCCCGUAUGUGGCCCCCUGUCAGCUCAGCUGGCUUCGCUGGCCUUUUCGCCCCCCCUGGCUCUCAACAGUUUAAGUUUCAAACGAAUUCCCUGUUUUUGCUCUUCCUCUUCGCAGGGCUGGGUGAGUCAGCCUGGCUUGGGUCGGAGUUGGGUGACAGCCGGCUCACCCUCCCCACUCCCCGGCACCAGGUCUGGGGAAGCUGGAAGAGGCGCUGGGACUACCAAAAAGUUACAGGCAGCGCUUGGAGGCAAGGAUCCCCUCCCAGGCUGUAUUGGGGGGUGGGGUGGGGACAGGGCUGAAGGUAAGAACAAGGGCUCUUUAUCAGCUGCCGGUUCCCCUCUCUCCAGGUUUACAAACACCUGGGCCUCCCAGCGUCUGUCAAGCCAGACUAGACCAUCAAAGACCACGUCCCCUUUUUCAAACCCAAACCAAGUAUCCUCUCUCUUCGUGCCUCCAGCGCUGCAGCCGCCCAGGUUGGGGCUGGGGAGCGGGUUGCCAAGGAAAAUACGAAGCGCCAGCAAGCAGCCGCUGGCUCCCAGCUCCCCCCAGGAGCGCACACACCCUCCACUCGCCGCGGUGGCGGCAAAGAGGGGAAGCGAGGAGGGGGAACGCAACACCUUCCCGGGGAGGGAGGAAUGGGGUGGGAAAUGGGUGGGUCUCCCAAGUUUCGGGGUGGGGGUGAACAGCCAGCCAAGCCACAGAUCCUCCGGGAGCAGAUCAGCCCCGGACCUGCCAAAACAGACAGUCCAGUGCCCGGGAAAUUUACAAGGUCCCGCAGCUUGGCGGGCAGCACCAGUCCGACGGCCGCUUUCGCCACCAGAUAGAUCAUCUGGAGAGGGAACACCACCAGCGCGCCCAGCCAUUUCCACACCAUCCUCCGCGCCGCGGAGCCGGGCAGGGCGGGGGGCGAAACUCCCCGAGCCGGACAAAACAGGAAUCGAAAAAGAAAACACCUCCAAACAAUAAUAAAUACACGGAAUGAGGGGCCGAGAGGCGUCCCACCUGGCCACUCUGGAAACCACCUCUUCCCAAGUGCAAGGCACCGGGUGAGAAAAAGAGAAAGAAAAAAAAAAGAAAAGGAAAAAGAGAAAUCCUCUUGGGGAGGAGAAAAAGCGUCUCCGAAGGUUGGGACAGUGAGAGGGGUGGAGGGGAAGCCGGAGGUGGGAAGUUCUAACAAGAAGUUUCUUGCCCCGGCCGCCGCUUCGGCUGGGGAAUUCGCAGGUAAUGUUUACAGGCUGACAGAGGAGUUUAGGCAGGGGAAGGGGGGGAAAAGGGCACCAACCACACGCGCGUACCCUGCUGCAGGCCCGCGGUUUCAAAGUGCAAGAUGAAAAAAAAAAAAAAAA